AUGCCCCCAAGAAGAGACGCCAGUGCAUCUGAGUCAGAGUCAAGACGACCACAUUCAUCAGCUCCAAAGCAGACAAAGUCCAGAUCUCACAUUACUCAACAGGUCCAGAAAGAGUUCGUUGCAAAGUACGUGAAUUCAAACGGUCCAAAUGACAGAAUAUUACCCGAUCCCCUAGAUUUCAAUGAGUAUCCAACGAGCAAUUUAAGAAAUUACGCCCGUAAACUGAUUAAGAAUGAGCAAAUUCCAGAUUGCAAAACAGUCUUCGGCUCGAUGUUAGAAAGCAAGAUAGGAGAGGAAUCCUUCUCCUACAAGAAGAACCAUGCUCCCAACACAUAUCGUAUAUCGAAACCUCAACUGGCCUCGAUAGUCCAUCAGCAUUUCGUUUCCCACCUCCCUGUCAAGGAAAGUGAUACGAUAACGAAUUUCAUAUACAAAGUCAAGAAUCAGGAUAAAUCGUUCAAACUGAACAUUACAUGA